CCGGCGGUUCUCCCCCACGCUUGCUAGUGCCCCGGCGUGCAGGACCCGGCCUCCGCCAUGUCGGGCCAAUUCGAGCUCUCGGUGCAAGAUCUCAACGACUUGCUGUCGGACAGCAGCGGCUGCUACAGCCUCCCGAGCCAGCCCUGCAACGAGGUCAGCCCGAGGAUCUACGUGGGCAACGCGUCUGUGGCUCAGGACAUUCCCAUGCUGCAGAAACUUGGCAUCACUCAUGUCCUGAAUGCUGCCGAGGGCAGGUCCUUCAUGCACGUCAACACCAAUGCCAGCUUCUACAAGGGCUCCGGCAUCACCUACCUGGGCAUUAAAGCCAAUGACACUCAGGAGUUCAACCUCAGCGCCUACUUUGAAAGGGCUGCAGACUUCAUUGACCAGGCCUUGGCUCAAAAGAAUGGCCGGGUACUUGUGCACUGCCGUGAGGGGUACAGCCGCUCCCCAACCCUAGUCAUCGCGUACCUCAUGAUGCGCCAGAAGAUGGACGUCAAGUCCGCCCUGAGCCUCGUCAGGCAGAACCGUGAAAUCGGCCCCAACGAUGGCUUCCUGGCCCAGCUCUGCCAGCUCAAUGACAGACUCGUCAGGGAAGGGAAGUUGAAACUCUGAGGGCUCUUCCACGCAGGUCUGAUGGGAGGUCCUGGAUGUGGGUGUCCCACACAGCCAUGUUUUAGAAACACAGUGUCCCCUUGUCCCCAGCGUCACAAGGCACCUGUCCACAUGUUUGUCCCACUGCGGCCCUGGGCUUCCUCCCUCGUCCCUCCAGGGAGCACAUAAAGACGACGGGACUCUUCUUUUCUGUAAUCUGUGUCCUUUCCCCGAGGUCGGGGGGCCCAAGGGGAAGGGCUGCGUGUGGCCUGCCUGCUUCUCAGUGGCUCAGGGCAGGAGGUCUGGGGGAGGGGUUGUAAGGCUUUGAGACGUGGAGUCUCCUCAUGACCUCUCCCCCUCGACCCCCCAAGUUUUUCCUGAGUGUGGAGACCUGGGCACCUUGAGCCUAGCAAUGGAACUAUGCAAACACAGGGCUCACCUGCCUGUCCCCACCACGGCUGUGCCCUGGUCUCCCCGCAGCCUUCCACACCCUGCUCCGUAGGCAGAGGCGCCCGGGGAGGUCUGACCCGGAGCUGCGGGUGGGAGGCCUGCCCACUGGUAGGGGAUGAAAAUCCCCAUGAAGAGGCUGCGUUUGAAUUGUUUCCUUAGGAUUAAUACCACACAGAGGGCUGUUUGAGUGGGCCAACACCUUUUCCUGGACGACUUCCUAAGUCUAUAGGAUGUUUCAAGUGCGGCCUCUUGGAGAGCUUGCCUUCUGAAUCUGCUGCUUCGAAACGUCUCCCUUGGAUGGCUCCUUUCCUUUCCUUGUGAGGAGAGAUACCUUGGGCAGGGUUUUAUUUUUCUUUUUUAGAAAACAGGGUGUUGAGGUCGAGCCUAUUUAAAAACCCCACCAUUUGGAGAAUUACAAGGGUUUGCCCUGAAUUAUAGUGUGGGUGAGCCCAAGCGUUUUGUCCUGGUUGCUAUUCUAAGGAUAGAAAGAGGAAGUUGGCCAAUUACAGCAUGUGUGGGUGGGUGUGUGCAUGGGGGCGUGCCUCUCUCCAGGCAGCCAGAGGACAGCAGGGAGCUGAAGGGUCCCUGUGCUCACUCUGCCCGCUUGUAGGUGGCUCUGAUAGCCCUGUGGUGCCAAUGCAGGAGCCCCAAUAGUGGUUCAGCUGGUCAUGAAUAAGACCUGGCAUAGCAUCCAAAUGGAUCCUCCCUCUAUUGGGGGAGAGAACAAAUGACUUUUCUUUCAAAGGGAUAUUUUUAAAGGAUGGUGUCGAAAUGCAGAAGGUCUCGUGUGUGCAUGCAUUUGCCAGAGAUGAGAGUUUUGCUUUGAACACAGUCUUGUUGGGAUCUUAUGUUGUUGCUAUCUCAGAAAGUCAUGCAAUGCUGGUGCAUCUUCAGGGUCAUGCAGGGCACGGAGGUGGCACUGAGCCACCAUGCCAGCACUUUGUACAUAGACAUCUCACACAAAGUCUAGGGAAUUCAACCGUGUGCUUGAGUGCCCAACAUAUAUAUAUAUAGGGUGCUCUGCUGGUGGGUGUGUGCCGGAUCCACAGCCUGCAUUCAUGUAGGCUCACUUGCAGAGAUUUGCAAAGGAGUUUUGACUUGAAGUGAAAAGAAAUAUCAGGGAUUUUUGUUGAAUGUCUAAAAUUUGAGCUUUAACUUUUGACUCCAGCAGGUGGCAGAUGUGCCUUUUCCAGAGCUGUCUAGGAGCUUGAGGCUGGGAUGAGAAGCAGGUGUGCCUUAUGGUAGGAAUUAUAGUAUCAUUCCCAGGCAUAAAGAUCUCUGUUCACAACAGGAGCAAUGCUAUGUAGUUUGGGGGAACACUGCCCUCUCCGCCUCCCCCACCCCUAUUCUCUGUGUCCAGAGACUGAGCAAAUAGAAUCCUCCUCCCCCCACCCUCCAGAUCCUAGGCUGGUCCAGUUCAUUCCUCAGUGUAAUGGCCAUUGUUGAAUUUGUAAUUCCUGGUUUUCACAAUGUUUUCCUGCUUGGCGAACUAGAUUCUCAUAAGCCCUGUAAAGCUGACAGCUUUAUCUGUCGUUCCCUUAAAAAAAAAAAAGAAAAAGAAAAAGAAAAAGAAAAAAGAAAAAAGCAGGAUGGCCAGGUGUGGUGGUGCCUGCAGAAUCAGGAGGAUGACUUCAAGUUCAAGGUCAGCUCCGUCUAUAUAGCGAGUUCUAGGCCAAUCAGGGAUACAUAGUGAGAGUUUGCCUUAAAAAAAAUUAGGAACUGGAAUUCAUGAUGUUUAGAGUUGUGACCUGUAGAAAUGCCUAUAAGGCUAGGUGGAAGGACGAUUUCAACCUUGUUGCUCUCCGAAGCUGGUCUUGCUUCGUUGCUCCUUUUUGAGAGACCACCUCCCAGCAAUAUGCAGGUGCCCCAAUUGCGCCCUGAUCUAGUCUCAGAGAAAGAACAGAGAACCCCCAAGUGGGCUAGAACAUGGCUCUUUGUUGACAUGUGGCAAGACCUAAGUCAGAGCUUUUUGCUCUGCUCCCAAAAAAGGGUUUAGGAGCUGGACCUGGGGCUGCUGUCCUCAGCCCUUCCCCGAUCAACCCCACGGGACAGCCGUGACCAUAUUCUCACUAGCACUGUCUCCUGUCCUGAGGCGUUGUGGGGGUGUGAGAGUCAAGGGCCUUUGGGGAGACAUUGGCCUUUCCUUUGGGACCCCUUUGCUGAGAGUUUGGGGAUUCCUUCAUUGUCUCUAGUCAUGAGAUUUAGCUCCCAGUCUGUGUAAGAGCUGCUGCAUAGUGGAAGCCAUUCCUGGACAGCUUUCUAUCCCUGGAAAGUGAUGGAAUAGGAACUCAGGGCGCCCCUCCCUGCUCGCCAGCUCUGACCCCUUCCUUUGACUAAGACACCAUCCAGGCAAAAUUCGAGUGCCAAAUGGUUUUCUUUCUAUUAAAGCAGUCUGUCAACCUUUCCAUAGGUUGGUCUGUCUCCCUGCCACUCUGAAAUAUCUUGAAGACACCACUUACCAAAUGAGGGGUUCUUCUAAGGUUCCCUGUGCCUCUGGCACUGUAGGUUAUCUCUAAGAAACCCCACUUGAAUUUAACACCAUAGAGGGCAGUAGUAGUAAAAUGACGACCAGCAGGUGGCGCUGUGUUCCACCCAUGGUGAUGGAAGGAUGGCUCGGAAAGGGAAGGUUUGGUGCCUUUCAUGUCACAAGUUCGUGUUAAGAUGUUAAUAAUAUCAAGAGGCUAAUGUUUUAAUCAAAAUAAGCACUGAUCUUAAAUUUCAAGAUAUAUAAGCUUUUCUCGCAGGGUAUUUUCUUUGUCAUAAAACUGAGGUCAGAUGAGCCUUCCAAGUCAAGAUUCUAUCCUGGCUGGAAGUAGUCUGUCUCAGGGUGAGAGAGAAGAUUGGCGGGAGCCUUAGCUGAACUGUUUUCUCUCUCACCUCCUGCCAGCUGUUAGGCUAAUUUGUGAAAGAGUGAUUUUUCUGGACAGAAAAGGUUUGGGAGAGUACAGGGGGAGCAGGCAGGGUGGUGGAGAAGAGCACUUGUCUAGUGAGGGCCUGUGUUUGAUUCCCAGCAUCACACACAAAAAUAAAUAAAAACAAAAAAAGCAAGUUUAAUGUCUGUUGUAUCACCACUCAGUGUUAAAACACUAAAAUUGUAACCAAAAUAAAUGUCUUACAUUACAAAGAAACGGGCUUUAUUU